CAUUGCAUCAUUAAUUUUUGCAGGAGAAAGAAGAACAGAGAGAAGGAGAGACAAAUAAGACAAGUCAAGAAUGAGCACAUCAAAGCUCUACGUAGACUAACAGAGCAGAGGAAACAUGUAGAGAAGAAACACGAGAAGAGAGACAUCAUCACUGACUAUACCAACUUUGAUUCACAAGUGUAUGCUCCAAUGACUCGCAUUGGAGUCUAUCUUGAUGCUGGAUCAGAACAAUAUGUUGUGAAGAGCCAAUACAACACAUCACUCAAUGGUCUACUUGAUCUUGAAGCUGCUCUUCCAUCAAAAGUAACCAGUCUAAGGAUCAAGCCUCCUGAUCCUUCACUGAAGCCAGUGGGAUUCAAAGCAAGACAAGAUGCUAAACUUGGUCUCAUAUUAGAUAAAGUCUAUAGUGACCUUCAAUCACAAAAAGAGCAAACUGAUGAUAAGAAGCCAUUGAGAUUACUUGUUAAAGUUGACAAGCCAAUACCACGUCCACCCACACCUACUGUAGAAGCCACUCCUGAAGAUGAUGAGAAACAAGAGCUCGCUAUUAUAUUAUUACAAAGAGUCAUGAGAGGACGUGCUAUUCAGAACAAGAUGUUUGAUGGUAAAGAGAUGAGGUCUGACCUUAUUAAGGAGUUGCGUACAACCCAUGCUUUACAGCAACCAGAACAGAAAGAGAAGAGAAAGGAAACAGAAAACAUUCUAAGCAAACAAAGGAACCAAGCAGAGACACAACACAAAGAGAGUAUUGUUUCUGAUGGUGCUGAACAAGGAGCUGCUGAAUUGAUUGGAAAGCAACUUGACUUCCUCAACAAAGAGUUACUGAGACUACAAGAGGAGCGUCGUAUACACGCUUACGUGAUGCUAGCAGAGAGACAGAGAAGAAUGAGAGAAGCAGAGGAGAGCGGGCUGAGACAGAGAGAAGAGAGACUGAGAAGAACACAAGAUGAAAUAUUCAAACAAAUUAUAAGAGUACAUCAAGGAUCAGUGGACACUUACCUUGAGGACAUCAUAUUACAGUCCAUUGAGAGAACUGCUGACAUACAGGCAAGGGAAGAGAUACAGAAGAGAGCUGAUGACAUUAAUAAAGUUGCUGCUGAAUUCGAAAAGACUCGCGAUCAUUUACAAAGUCAAGAGAUGGUGGCUGAGAUGGUCUAUUAUUUCUUACUGCCUGAAGUUGAGAAGGAAACCAUCAGAGAAAAAGUGAAACACACACAAAGGAAGCACAUGCUAGCAGCUCACAGAAUCAUUAAUAGUGAAGUUGAUAAUAACAUGGAAGCAAUAUCCGGUCAAGCCACACCCACUAACGAAACUAUACCACCAGACGAACAAACUGGACAAUAACCACACCCACUACUGAUAACCACACCCACUAGUAAUAACUGCACCCACAGGUAGCGAGAAAGAGCAUUAGGCUCGUCUUUAAAGAUUUAAAAUAAUGUUGUAUAAUAAUUAA